AUUGGCUGCAGGAACUAAGCUGUAGCAGGCAGUGGUGCCCGGGGCUGGCCCAGGCAUGUAAAUGGAGCCUGAACUGGGCGGAACAAGCCAGUGUGGCAGUGGUGGCAGCAGGCAGCCUCUGAUGCUCCCAUGAGUUGAAGAAAAAGGAUCUUUAUGCCUUCCAGAAGGAAGCUCAUUCUGCGAGGCUGAGGAAACAAAGGGAAGAAUUGUGUGUCACUCUAGUCCAGACGUCUCAAACAAACAGUUCCCUGCAGUCCACCGGGGAUGGUAUGGUGCCCUUCUCACUUCUCCUAAGGUCCCAUCUUCCCUCUGCCAUAAGGAGUCUACCAAAGGCAGCGCACAUCAGAAACACAUCCAGCAUGACUGAAGGACUCCAACCAGCUAGUGUGGUGGUCCUACCCAGAUCCCUAGCACCAGACUUUGAGAGCUUCUGCCAAGCCAAUCGUGGCCCCCUGCCCCUGCUGGGCCGCUGUGAGCCAGAGAAGGUGCUGCCUCGCCUGAGCACGGUCCCCGACAUAAGGGCCAUCUGUCCACAGUUUCAGAAAUACGAGUUUGGUGCUCUCACGGGCAUCCUGGCCUCACUGGAAGAGUACUCAGAGCAGCUGGAGGACAUGGUGAUCUUCACCAUAGACUGCAGCUUCUCCAUAGAAGAGGCCUUGGAGCAGGCAGGGAUCUCCAGAAGAGACCCAGCAGGUCCCAGCCACGCAGGCGCAUACAAGACAACAGUGCCAUGUGCCGCCAUUGCUGGCUUCUGCUGCCCUCUGGUGGCCACAAUGAGACCCAUUCCCAAGGACAAGCUGGAAAGGCUAUUGCAGGUCACUCACUCCCUGGGAGGACAGCAAGGACAGCCCAUCCACAUUGGAGACCCAGAACUUUUGGGAAUCAAGGCACUUUCCAAACCUGACUAUGGGAAUUAUGUGGAAUGUGAGCCCGAGGACGUCCCAGUGUUCUGGCCUUCACAGCUGACCGGUCUGGAAGCAGUCAGCAGCUGCAAGGCUCCACUGGCUUUCUCCAGCACUCCAGGCUGCACUGUGAUGAUCCUGAAGGACACCGUGUCUCCAGCCAGUUGUCUGAUUCCCGAGAUGGUUCCAGAAGUCCACGCCAUUUCCAAAGACCCUUUGCACUACAGCAUAGUGUCAGCUGCUGCUGUUCAAAAGAUUAGAAAACUAGAGUCCAUAAUCGGCAUAGACCCAGGUAACCGGGGAAUCGGGCACCUGCUAGGUAAAGAUGAGCUGCUGCGGGCUGCUCUGUCACUGUCUCAUGCCCACUCAGUACUAGUCACCACUGGAUUCCCCACACAUUUCAAUCAUGAGCCCCCAGAGGAGACAGAUGGCCCACCGGGAGCCAUUGCUUUAGCCGCCUUCCUGCAGGCUCUGGGGAAGGAGACCUCCAUGGUGGUAGACCAGAGAGCCUUGAACUUGCACACAAAGCUUGUUGAAGAUGCUGUUAAACAAGGUGUUCUGAAGACACCAAUCCCCCUGCUAACUUACCAAGGCAAGUCAGUAGAAGAUGCUCAGGCAUUUUUGUGCAAAGAUGGGGACCCCAAGUCUCCUAGAUUUGACCAUCUGGUGGCCAUAGAGCGUGCAGGAAGGGCUGCCGAUGGCAAUUACUACAACGCGAGGAAGAUGAACAUCAAACACUUAGUUGACCCCAUCGAUGACAUUUUCCUUGCAGCACAAAAGAUUCCUGGAAUCUCAUCAACUGGAGUGGGUGAUGGAGGCAAUGAACUUGGCAUGGGCACUGUCAAGGAGGCUGUGAAGAAGUACAUAAGAAAUGGAGAGGUCAUUGCCUGUGACGUGGAAGCCGACUUUGCUGUCAUUGCUGGUGUUUCUAACUGGGGAGGCUAUGCCCUGGCCUGUGCACUAUACAUUCUGAACUCAUGUGACAUCCAUGAACGUUACCUCAGGAGGGCAGUCGGGCCUUCCAGGGUGGCUGUGGAGCAGAGCUGGACUCAGGCCCUGCCAUCUGUCGCUAAGGAAGAAAAAAUGUUGGGCAUCCUGGUGCAGAACCAAGUCCGGAGUGGAGUCUCGGGCAUCGUGGGCAUGGAAGUGGACGGGCUGCCUUUCUACGGUGUUCAUGAUGAGAUGGUCCAGAAGCUGCUGGAUGUCACCGCAGGGCACUUGUGACCCAUGUGUGGCUUGUGUGCAAAGUCCCUACCCAAUGACAAGCCUGUGUCCAGGCAGGAGGUCCAGAGGCAUUGAUUGCUCUAACUGCCCUUCAUUCCGGCUUCUUCAGGCCACCCUUGUGGUCUGCUCUGUUGUUUUUCUUUUGUAGCUGUUGCUGUCUUUUAAGUUAGGCUCUCCUAUUCAGCAACUGCAACUCCCCUGUUCCCAGCAAUGGCUAGGUGGUAGGUGGCUAGGCUGCAAGGCUGCAAGAGCCGAAGCCUGGGGGAAUUCUGUUCUCUCAGGCAUGACUCUUUCAAAUCUUGUAAGGAAACUUAUUUAAAUCUCUGUCCCACUAAAGAAAUCAAGAUUCAAAGAUUGAGGUAGAAUCCUGCUUCCCAGAGAGGCUGAAUAGCAAGCAGCUCACCUAGUUCACCUCUUCGAAUCUCCCAUGAAGUCUUCGUGCUUUUUCUCGAGCCCCCCUUAUAAACCCUUCUCCACCUGGCUCCUCCCUACAACUUCCUGUCAGCUAGUUGCUGACCCAGCCUCCUGCCCGCAGGUGAAUUUUAUUUAAUCAAACACACCUUUGCAUCACUAAACAAAUGUUCCAGAGCAUAAGCAAAAGCAAUGCACCUUACAAUAAUAUUUUACAACACUGCUCUGAGAACCUUUCUGCCUGCUUAAGAAAUAAUGUGUGACAGUUUACUGUAGGGCAGAGCAUAAGAAUAGGUAUUGCCAUGACCUGGGCUAAUUAAGAAAGGCUAGAGUGCCCACACAUGGAGUGCUGGGUUAAAACCCUGAGGCUUUGUACUCACCAUAACCAGCAAAACACUUAAGCCUUUGAAAUACGUUCUUUUUCUAAUAGUUUUCCAUUUACUGUUUGAAGGGGUCCCCCACAAGGUCCCUCCAGGCAUCACACCCACUGCCCCUCACCUCCAUUCACCCCAUUUCUUACACACCUGUCCCGGGUGCUAACUACUAUCCCUGGCCAGAUUCUUUGCCCUCUUUGUGUGAGAAGGAAGCCAUAUUUGCCCAUAGAGCCCAAAGGUGAGCCAGACCUGGCCAGAGCUCAGGCAGAUGAGCUCGUCCUGAUCUUGCACCACCUCCAACCCCCAAUCCUCAGCAAAAUCAGAAACUGAGCCACUGACCAUAUCCCGUUAUACACCUGUGUGUCAGGAUGACAGCUUGUGUGGGAUCUGAGCCUACAAAGUCUUAUUUCAUUUCUUUAAAUGUGUCUGGUAUAGUUCUUCAAGGGACACUCAUUGUGAAGAAGGAACACAUGGUAUAGA